AUGGCACAUCCCCGUCGACCACCACCGCCGCCUCCGCCGCCUCCAAACGCAAAGCUGGGACGCAACAUCGUGAACACCCCUACGUUGCGGUCGUCUUCUCGUCCAUCGCUUUCGUCGCAUUCAUGGCGACUUUCGUCAGUGGAUUCCGCAACCAGUUCCGAUGAAGCCGAAGACUUUUACGAUCAGGAUACAGAAUCCGAUGACCCCUUCGAUCACCAAAACCGAGCCUCUUUUCCUCCUCUUAUGCCUACGGUUCAAUCGAGAACGGCAGUCGACCAGAACAGAAAGAAGAUCACGAGGGUCAUCACGAACCAAGUUUCCCGUCUAAAGAAUGGCCGCAGUCCUGUCCCUGGCUCGGAGUCCGAUGCAUCUUCUGUUCAUUCGACAGCUACCUCCGUCGACCUUGUCCAAUCGUUGUGGGUUCGGAUGAAAGAGCAACGUCAGCAAGUCAACGACAUCAAGCAGGAUAUGGCUGGUAGACGCAGGCAUCUCCGCGAAUUGCGCCGGCGUAAAGACGCUGCUGACAACGCUUUCAUGAACAUGGUCCGCCCCAUCCUCAUCAGGGGCCAGCAGAGGACGCUCGACACACUAGACGCCGUUCUGGACAAGAAAUUUGCCGAUAUGCAAUCCAUUCGCACCGAGUACUACUCCCGAGAAUCAUACUAUGAAGGCCUGGAGAUCAAUCUCGACAAAAAAGAGGAAGACCUCAAUAAUAUCGAGACCCGCUUCUUCAGCGCCCUUGCAGCUGGAACCACAGGUGCUGCGCAAGAGUUCGAAAAGGAGAUCUCGGACGACGAUGAGCCAAAAUAUCUGUCAGACAUACCGCACGACUUGAUGGGCAUAUCUCGGAACGGACCGACGGAAGAAGCCCACCCGCUGUGGGAAGAUCUUGUAUGUGCCACUGGAGACUUUACCAACGCCCAGGACGACUAUGACGAGCUAGUCCUCAUUAAUGAGCAAUAUGCGUACGGCAUGGGAGUGAAAAAGGCCGCUGGCAAAACCCUGAGUCCGGAAGAGGAGCAUUUCAUCAAUGACUUUCCCGAUCAAGAACGCGAGAGGCGUAGAGAGAUCGACCGACUAGCCGAAGAAGUAAAAAGGUUGAAACGAGUUUGCGAAGAAAACGGAGCGAUGAAGAAACACCCCUCUUAUAUGAUAGCCUACGCUCUGGACCCUGACAUCGGAGAAGACAUGACUCUUGACGAUUCGUGGCCAAGUUCGAAGAGUCUUGCACACCACCGCUUCCCCGACCUUUUAUCCUGCCCCGACCAUCUUCUUCAGGCCAGGCCUCUGACAGCCCUAGACGACCUGCGACGGGUUGUUAGGCUCUCUUCGAACCAUCCGGCCAAGAAGUCGCAGUUGCAAGCGGCUCAGAAGGAGCUUGCCAUAUCUAGACUGAUGAUCGAAUUUAAAGGAGACGACAAGUCGGAUUUUGUUACCCGUUGGCUUCUACACCAACUGCGAACAUCGCCCAUGUCCGUCGAGCUUUUGCAUGCCACGUUUAUUCAUGAAGCGAGGUUGAGAAUUUCCAAUUUGCACCGAUGGCAGCAGGAUGUUCUUUUCUACUGGUGGAGGGAUGGCGCUGUCAAAAGGCGAGAAGACUUUCUCCGGUCAACCAGUGCCAGUGGCGUUCCCCAGCCGGCGACGCAUCUUGUCACGGCUGUGAUGAAUCGUAGUCCGUACAUGGAGGGUGGCGAAGGGCAACUUUCUUGA